UAAGAGGGGUUCGACACCAUCACGUAAAGGACUCACCUGGACAACAUUCGUCAUAUUUGCCGUAAGGACUGUUCUGUAACACGGCCGUUGAUACUGACGGAUAACGAGACCGGCCAAGAGGGACCAUGAAUCUGCCGCUCUCAGUUUACAGUACAGAUGCUGUAGUUGAGACAGAUUGAAUGGCACUGAAAGCUGAAGGUUGUAAGUCACUGGAAGCAGCGCAAUGACCAGCAGGGAGGCAGGCCAUGCUGACAGACCACCGCCCUCGACCUUUCGCCAGCCCUCCACACCCAAGCUGCAUGUCCACCGCUCACAAUCCCGAGAAGCUAUCACCAUCCACUUCUCCGCCCUUGGUAAGGAGGAAGACGAGGAGGAAGAGGAGCUAUACGAAACUAACAUCUCAUCCUCGACCUCUUCCCAUCCGCUGACAAAUGAGUCCCAAGGUGUUGUGACAGCUUUGGAAGCCAGUGAAGACCUCCUGUUUGAGGCUGUUGGAAUUGAUCCCGCCACCAAUGUUGCAGUUCUUCCUGUAUCUUCCACUACAAUAACAAAUGUCUCUGGAACCCAAAACACUACCACAUUAGACCAAGGUCCCACCCCUUCUGCACAAUCGUCCACUGCUAGUUCAUCCUCUGCUGCUGAUAAGAGACAAGCUUCACUUCCAGGGUCUUCCUCUACUUCCUCUGUUUCUUUACCUUCUAAAUCCUUGUCCUUCCCCUCAAGUGACAAGUCCUUCCUGAGCAUCAUGAAGUCUAUGUCUUCAGAUGCAGACGCCCGGGAGAGGGCUUCAGGUCCUCCUAUUUUACGACAUCGGCAGCUAAUGAAAAAUCUGGUAAAAUCUUUAUCGACAGACACCUCCCAAGACACCCCUAUGCCCUAUCGCUUACAGGAUUCCAUACAACUCUUUAAGCAACUUACCCAGCCCCGUGCAACGGUUGCUGGAGACUCCAAAACAGCCCCGUCCUCUCCUUUAACCUCACUCGAGAGCCGUUCCUUCGCCUCUAAGGUGGGUGAGGUGGAGGCACGAAUCGAGGAUACCAAGCGCCGCUUGUCGGAGGUCAUGUCCGAUCCCAUGCAAUUAUUCAGCAAGAUCAUUGGCGAUGACAGUUCUGGUAGCGGGGUACAUUACAGGCCUAAACUUCAUUCGUCAAGCACCUCAGAACUUUCUAACCUGGCCUCCCUUAAUGGUCAUCUAGAGAGCAACAACAACUACAGCAUCAAGGAGGAGGAAGGUGAUGUGGAGGCAGUAUCUGCUUCAAUAGGAACGGCUGAGCUGGCCUCAGCUUCUGAGACAAAGACUGUCAGACCAUCAUCCUCAUCUCUCGGCCUUGACAAGUGCUCCAUGUCAGCUCUGGCAAAGCAGGAAGCAGAAUUUGAUGAUCUCUACAACGAUGACUUUUUCAGUUAUGCAGAUGCACAGAUGGAUGGAGAGUUUGUGAAUGACACCAGGACUAGGAGCAGUGGUGGUCAGCCUGCUAGCCAAAGCUUGGACACUACAGGACAAGAGGAUAAAUUAGAAACAGAAGAACUGGAAAAUACCAUUCCACACAAGACUCUCUUUGCCUUGACCAUCAUUACCUAUGGGUAUUUCGUACUGCCUCUGCCCACUUACCUGGGUGGAAUGCUUUUUGGAGUAGCUUUAGGGUUUAUGUUAGCCAUUGGCGUUGUGUGGCUAGCAGGUCCAAAGCGGCCAGCAGCGAAAACUGGUGAAGCUAGAUAUAAAGGAGAGCCAUGGAACAUUGCACCUGUGGAUUUAAAAGAACCAGUGAUGUUUAAGGGUUGGAUGAAUGAAAUUAACAACUAUGACCCAGAAACGUACCAUGCCAUGCUGACACACUCUGUGUUUGUGAGACUGGAGGGCUCCACACUAAGGUUGUCCAAACCCAACCGGAACAUAUCCCGGCGGGCUUCCAUCAAUGAACCAAAACCAGACGUGACUUUCAUCAGCCAGAAGAUAUAUGAUCUGACUGACAGCAAGAUUUACCUGGUGCCCCAGCACCUGGCCAGAAAGCGUGUUUGGAACAAGAAAUAUCCCAUUUGCGUCGAACUGGCCAAGCAGGAUGACUUCAUGUCUAAAGCAGAGGGGGAUAAGAGUGAGGUGUCUGAGGAGGAAUCUGCCACCAAGGAGAAGUCUGAGACGGCCUCAGGGAGCAUGGAAUUCAGGAAGGCUGGCACGGCCGCGCAAGACACUGGAAGAACAUCAGCGUCCAGGGAUAACCAGAUACUUUUCCUCUUCGGGAGGACAGGCCGCGAGAAAGAAGAAUGGUUUCAGAGAAUGCUGCAUGCAUCCAGACUUAAGGCAGAGUCGGUGAAAAAGGCAUCCAACAUGUCUACAAGUAGAAGCGCUCCCGUGUUGUCUCACAGUCGCAGCAGUAGCAGGAGCAGUUUGGAUGAGUUGUUGUCUUCUCAGCCCAGGCAGAGACAGUCCUCAGGUAAUACCAAGCAGAAGCCUUUACUGGACUACACUGUCUACAUGGCCAAUUACAUAACCCCACAGACAGGAAGCAGUUCAGCUGCCAGCCCCGUCGGGAGCCCUCACAGCAGCCCUGGUGCAGACAAGAAGUUACCAAAUGGCUCAGAGAAAGAGGCGGAGCCUGUUGCCUGGGUCAAUGCCUUAGUGGGCCGGAUUGCCUGGGACUUCUUCAGAGAGACGUAUUGGACUGAGUGGGUGUCCAAGAAGAUCCAGAUGAAGCUGAGUAAGAUACGGUUGCCUUAUUUUAUGAAUGAGCUGACCCUGACUGAGCUUGACAUGGGUGUGUCCACACCCAGAAUCCUUCAGGCUUUCAAGCCAUCAGUAGACUACCAAGGUCUGUGGUUUGACUUGGAGAUCUCUUACAAGGGCUCUUUCCUCAUGACUCUGCAGACCAAGAUGAACCUGGCCCGUCUGGGGAAAGAGACGGAGGGCUUUUGGAGAGCUGGGCAAGGAAGGACAAAGGCCACGCACAUACUGCCUUGCAGACAGCGAUGAGGAGUCAUCCAGUGCCGGCUCAUCUGAUGAAGAAGAUCCACCAGAAACUACACCAGACAAGAACUUGCCUUCUGGUGCAGAGGG